AAAAUCGCCUUUGGACCGAGUGUUAAAACCACUUUAUUUUCCACACUUAAAGAGGCGGUGUAGAAUGAGGAUCUUGUAUAAAACCAAUCCUCAGUCUCUACUUGCUCACUGGUUUACAUAAUUCAACAAGAUGAAGUUGCUCCUUACAGUUGUGGCAUUAGCACUGUACUUUACAGUUGCAUCAGCACAGGUGAACGAGAACCUUGUAAAUUUGCUCUGGAACAAUAUCGAGAGGUUACGACAGUCAACGGAUGUGAAUCAGCCAUGCGUCAAUGGAAGAGUGUUCGAAGCCAUGUUCUUUAGUUAUGACACUGAUGUUGAUGGCAGAGUCAUUCGAUCGGAGUUUGUACCACGAUGGCGUGCCAAUACCAACAUGACAGAGGCUGACACUAAUGCUGUUUUUGACUUGGUUGUACGUAUCGGAAAUUCUGGGAACCCUAACAGCAUCGAGAGGAAUGACGUCGAGGCGUUCUACAACACAUUUACAAGAGAUGGCGACGGAUGCAUCAGUGAAACUGAUUUCAAGGCCCGAUGGAGGGUGAUUAUCGCUGAUCUGCCAGACAAGGGUGCACAGGUUCCACCUCCAUCCGUUAAUGUACAGAUAUCAUGAUCUAUCGACAGAUUAUCAUGGACAGAUAGACUAAAUCAUGUGUGAUAAAAAGAGUAAUAAAUUACUUUUAAAUAAAAGUUUCUUUGUCAUAGUAA